ACCUACAAUGUCUAACACAUCACCAAUAGCAGAAAUCUUGUAUCGACUUGUCUUAACAGGUGCUCGUCCAUUGAAUACAAAUGUUGAAAUAAUGUUCAAUCUGGAGUUCAAAGGUCGUUAUGCUAAGAAAUCAGAUGGUUCUCAAAUGAUGUUGGACUGGUUGACCAUCAAAGACAUUUUAUCAGCUGGUCUAAAAAUAGAUAGAGACGAUUUUAUCAUAACAGAUUUGACACCAAUGUCAACAACAACUACAGCUGUCAAGGAUUCAACAACCAAUACGACAACAGCAACGCUUAAAACAACAUUCUCUCAACCACAUAACAUGUCUUCAACAACCAAAGCUGGCAACUUUUCACCAACAGCCAUGCCAAACACAACACAUUGGCAACCACAUAACAUGUCCACAACAACCAAAUCUGGCAACUUUUCACCAACAGCUUUGCCAAACACAACACAUUGGCAACCACAUAACAUGUCCACAACAAUCAAAUCUGGCAACUUUUCACCAACAGCUUUGCCAAACACAACACAUUGGCAACCACAUAACAUGUCAACAACAACCAAAUCUGGCAACUUUUCACCAACAGCUUUGCCAAACACAACACAUUGGCAUCCAAAUAUUUCUACAACAACCUCCAGCUCUGUUCCCAAUGGGACGGUGAUUUUCUUUGUACAACUUGUGAUGAUUAAUAUGAUCUGGACUCCUGCCUAUAAUGAUACUGGUUCUCCUGAGUAUCAAAUGUUGAUGUUGGAAAUACAACAGAUGGAAGUUAAAAUGCAGCAAUACAUGUCAUCAAUGGAUAAUUCAACAACCAUGUCUAGGUCUUUGUCCAGUUUUAUGCCUGUGUCACAGAUAUAUGGUGGUUUUCACUUUCAUAAAAUCAGUGAAUUCUAUGGCAAUGUUAUGAUAAUGUUUAACCUAGUGUUUAGAGCUCGUAACGCUAUUAUGCCAGAUGGUUCUAUGAUGACGAUGGAUACCAACAUGGUGGGAAAUAUUUUAUCAGAUGUAAUUCAUGUACACCCAAGUCAAAUGCAUAUUAAAGAUUUGAUGUCUGAACCAGAGAGAACUACACAUACUGGAGGUAACACCACUACAAUGACUCCACCAAGUAAUACAACAGUACAAUCAGCUGUAUGUAUAGAGGCCACAUCAAAUUACCAUAACUCUUUCUGUAAACCAUUGGGCUUUAACUUAACGUCAUAUCCCAACUUUGUUGGCCACCAAUCAGAAGCAGAGGCUAGCCAGGUGGCGUUAGUGUUGCUAAAUUACCUGUUCAACUGUACAGUAAAUUCAAGCCCUGUACCUGUAUUUGUAAUGAUGUGCUCAGUUUUAACUCCCUCCUGUGAAGAUGGAAGAGUUAUACCACCAUGUUCAGAGCCAUGCUACGAGGUAGCCAUGACUUGUGGAUUACAGAAUAUUUUAGAAAAUGUUCUUGAAAUGUGUAGCUCAUUUCCUUCUUACAGUAGUGGUCAACAAUGUAUACAUUAUUUGGAUCGAAUUCCUUCAACACCUGUGCCGACAAUAAGUAACACAACUACACCAUCCAAUGGGAAUGUGUCAUGUGACGAAGAUCAUUAUGCCUCCUAUGGCUGGGUAGAGACACCAAAUUACCCCAACAAUUAUCCUAAUAACGAGAGACAUAGCUACUGUAUACAGAGUCCAUUGUGGCUACCAAUAACAUUACAGUUUGUGGAUUUUGAUGUAGAGCCUUCAAGCACUGGCUGUCCUUUUGAUUAUGUGAAAAUUUAUGAUGGGUCAUCAUCGAGUGGUUCACGGCUUGCAUCUUACUGUGGAACUUCAAUACCAAGCCCUGUUACAGCUUAUUCUGGACAGAUGUACAUUGAGUUCUAUUCAGACGGUUCACAAACUAGAAAAGGAUUUCAAGCAGUCUUUUCAGAUGAAUCAAUUCAAAACAACAUGACAACACCUGGGACACCAACAAACACUACAACAGGGCCUGAUAUUUGUAUAGAGGCAACGUCAACGUACCACGACUCCAUUUGUAAACCAUUUGGUUUUAACUUAACGUCAUAUCCAAACUACCUUGGGCACCAAUCAGAAGCAGAAGCUGCACAAUUUGCAUGGUCUUUACUUAAUUCAGCCAAUUUUAACUGUACAGCUGAUGUACCAGAACUUGUAAUGAUGUGUGCAUUUUUAACUCCCUCCUGUGAAGGAGGAAGAAUUAUACCACCAUGUUCAGAGCCAUGCUACGCUGUGGCCUAUGGUUGUGGAUUACAGAAUAUACCAGGACUAGAAAAUAUCACUCAGCUUUGUGCCUCAUUCCCUUCCUACUAUAGCGGUCAACAAUGUAUACAUUACUUGGAUAUUACUUCUACAACACCAGUGCCAACCAUAGGUAACACAACUACACCAUCCAAUGUUUCCUGUGAUGAAAGCUAUAUUAGUUCCUAUGGCUGGAUAGAGUCACCAAAUUACCCGAACAAUUAUCCUAAUUCAGUGACUUGUACUUAUUUAAUAAUGAGUCUUAGGCUGUUACCACUUACAUUGCAUUUUGUUGAUUUUGAAGUAGAGGCUUCAAGCAGUGGCUGUAAUUAUGAUCAUGUGACUAUUUAUGAUGGGUCAUCAUCAGAUGGUACACAGCUAGCUAAGUACUGUGGAAGUUACAUACCACGUUCUGUUACAGCUUCAUCUGGACAGAUGUUUAUUGUGUUCUAUUCAGACUAUGUAGUACCUCAACGAGGAUUUCAAGCAGUCUUUCAAGAUGCAUCAAUUCAAUCCAAUUUCACAACACCAUCAAGACCAACAGGUCACACCAAUUACACAACACCUUGGACACCAACCACCACUUCACCAGGAGCAUGUGGUGGAUAUUUCACUGGACUUACAGGAAUUUUAGCAUCACCAAAUUAUCCUGGAAACUAUCCAAAUUAUCAGAGUUGUAAUUACUAUAUUGUGGCACCAAUUGGUUACACAGUACUGUUGACCUUCACCCAUUUCCAUACGGAAAGCUGCUGUGAUUAUGUGAAUGUAUUUGAUGGCCUAACUAAUAGUGAUUUGUUAUUGGUCACAUUGAAAGGAGAUUUGAGUGGACAAAGAGUAGUAGAGUCUACAGCCAACAAGAUGAUGGUAUACUUCUAUACUGAUGGCAGUGUUGUUUAUAAUGGUUUCAGGGCUAUUUACACCACAGACAUGGAGCAUUGUCCUAUAGACCAUGUGCAGUGCUCUAUGAGUGCAUCAGAUUGUGUAUCUGUGUAUAAACUGUGUAAUGGAUUCCCAGACUAUUGUCCUAUAGAUCAUGUGCAGUGCUCUAUGAGUGCAUCAGAUUGUGUAUCUGUGUAUAAACUGUGUAAUGGAUUCCCAGACUGUGCUAAUGGAUUUGAUGAACAGCAUUGUCUCAAUUAUACAACACUGACUAGUACCCAAAGUACAGUCAACACUACCACCAUCAUGACCACAUUGAUGCCACACAAUGCCACCAUGACCACACUGAUGCCACACAAUGCCACUUAUACAACUACUCCUGUCCCUAGUAACAUAGAACUGCGUCUUGUUAAUGGAUCUAGCUGUUUAGAAGGAAGGGUAGAAAUAAAAUUAAAUGGAGUAUGGGGAACUAUAUCUACAUCUAAUGCACCAUUUACUACAAGGGAAGCAAGUGUCAUCUGUAGAGUUUUAGGAUUUAGCGGAGAAGGUGCAGUACCAUAUCAGAAUGGAUAUUUUGGACAGGCAGAAAGCACAGUACCUGUAUGGUAUACCUAUUUGUAUUGUACUGGUUCUGAAUCAAGACUGGAGCAAUGUUCUAAACAAAAAUACGCUGUUCUUAGCCAUGCCUAUGAUGUGGGCGUCAAAUGCCAAGCAGAUAUAUCUGAGUACCAUUGUUCAUUCGACUCUGGUUGUAUGUUUUUGUCAGCUUCAUCCUCAUCAUCAGUGUACUGGCUAAGGCGUUUUAGUUGUACACCAUCCACUGCUACUGGUCCCUGCACUGGUCAUGAUGGUAGCAGUUCAAGUUAUUAUAUAUUUCUAGAAACCAGUAGUGGGUCAACUGGUAUGACAGCUUCACUGAACACAAAUGUUACCUUUGAUUCAACUCCGAGAUGCCUUUCUUUCUAUUACCACAUGUAUGGUUCUACUAUAAAUGAGCUUCAAGUAAAAGUUAGAAGUAGUACUGAUUGGAGUGGGACUGUUGUUUGGUCUAAGAAGUACGAUCAGGGAAACAUUUGGCAUUCUGCCAGUAUUGAUAUUCAAGCUGUUUCAUCAUUACAGAUUCAGUUUAUUGGAAUAAGUGGUUCAUCAUACACUGGAGAUAUAGCUCUGGAUGAAAUUAAACUUAUGAGGGGAACAUGUGAUUCUAAAUCAGACUAUGUAUGCCCAGCAGAUGAAGAAGAACCAGGGGUCAACUGUACUUUUAGUAAUAAACAGGCAUGCAACUAUACUAUAGAAAGUAUUAAAGGGAAUACAACCUGGCAGUUUAAGAGCUUCUCUUCGUCAGGACGGAAUCUACCUUCUUCUGAUGUUGGUGGCAAAUCUAUUGGAUAUUUCUACUACCAGAAUAGAAAUGGAAAUGAAGGAGAUUCAGCCAGACUCCUGUCGCCAAAAUUUACAUCCUCUUCAAUGUCAACAUUACAAUUUUAUGCCUACUUUGGUGGCAACGAUGUAGGUUCUCUACAAGUUUCCACAGUAAAUGGCAAUGGUCAGAGAUCUUCAUUAUGGAAGAGAGAGGGUGAACAAGAUGAAGGAUGGCUUAUGUCCUGUGUACCCCUCGCACAGGAAGGAGAUUUGUCGCUGGAGUUUGUAGCAUCCCGGAGCAGCGGUGAUGAUGCAGUGAUUGCUGUUGAUAAUGUGACAGUGUCAGAUGAACCAUGUCAUGUUGGAAUAUCAGAAGAGAAAUGUGGAUUUGAGCAGCCAUUAAUCUGUGGCUACAGUGUAAACUGUACCUGUACACUACCAUCACACACGUAUAAGUGGAUCAGACAUAGUGGACCAACAAUGUCUAAACAGACUGGACCAGACUCCGACAGCGAUGGAUAUUAUAUGUAUGCUGAAGCAACAUAUGGUAGCCUUGGUGAUGCAACAGCCUUAACCUUCCCAGAAUUCAAAGCAACAGGAAGUCAGAAACUUCAGUUUAAAUAUCAUAUGUAUGGUAAUGAUACAGGCACAUUAUUGGUUCAAGCCAAAGAUAAGGGAGAUAAUUCUCUUACAACAGUCUGGACUUUAACUGGUCCUCAUUUGGAUGAAUGGAAACAGGUUUGCAUGCCACUUACUAUACUAGCUGGCACUGACGUAGAAUUAACUUUUGUAGCAGUCCAUGGAGAUGGUCCCCUUGGUGACAUUGCUAUAGAUGAUGUUCUAGUAACAGAGGAAGAUUGUCCUCAUCUAGCAUCAUGUGACUUUUCCUAUGGGUCAUGUGGUUAUCUUGUUACCUGGAACGAUUACCGUGUGAAGUGGGUCAGAGGUCAAGCUAAUGGUGUUCCAAAUAACACCAUUGCAGGAAGUUACUUUUAUGCUUUAAGUGGCAGUUCAUACGAAGGAAGUCAGACUUUUCUUUUUACCAAAUUUUUCCAAGCUUAUGGUACAGAGAGUGUUACCUUUGACUAUUUGAACUCUCGUUACACAAAGUUUGAAGUUGGAUGGAUUAGUGAACAAUCUGGUAAUACUACCAUGAGAAGCAUAGAAUAUAGUGACAUCAAUAUUUUAUGGACAACAACUAGUCAAGCUGAUCAGUGGACAAAGAAAUGUAUAAGUUUGGGUGCCGUGACUGGGAAUAUAGCAAUAGUAUAUGUACAUACAACUACUGUUUGGUACACUCAGAUAACUGCGGUGGAUAAUGUUGAAGUAUCAACAAGUGGUUGUAAUGAUGGUAUUCACGAAUCUGUAUGUGGAUUUGAUCCCUCUGAUUUGUGUGGAUAUAAUAUCAUCACACCAGAUAAAUGUCCCACAGUAUAUACAUACAAAUGGACUGUUCACAACUCUAAUGGUGAUAAUUUUUUGGUUGCCAAUGGAUCACUAGGAGAGGAAGGGGAUACAACAAUGGUAGAAUUUCCCAAUAUCACCAUAUCAUCUACGAUGUACUUACAUUUCAAAUAUAUGAUAAACAAUUCGAACAGUGCUCAAAACCUGAUGUAUUCCAUCAGUAAAGAUGGAGAUUUUACAACAGUUAUGACAACUAAGCCAAUAUUAGCUGCAUGGCAGGCAUACUGUGUUAUUGUACCAUCUCCAAGGGAGGUAACACUGAGAUUUAAGGCUGACAAAACUCAAAUGAAUAACCAUACUGAUGUAUAUAUUGAUGAUGUUGUGUUGUCAGCUAAAACCUGUCCAGUUAAAUCUUUGUCCUGUGAUUUUGAUGACUCUGCCGUAUGUGGAUACUACAUGUCGGAUGCCUGGAAGAGAAAAGAACAUGACAACAAGAUGGGAGAUUUUUACAUGUCAGUCACAGCCACCAGUUACUCUAGAUCCUUGUUAGUUUCACCAAACCACCUCGACUCGAGUAAUACUCAGUGUUUACAGUUCAAUUACACGUUCACAGGGAGUUCAAUUGCUCAUCUUACAUUGUUACUCAAUAGAGAAAACUCAGAAUCUACUAGAGUCAUCUUACAGGGAACCAGUACAUGGAAGAACUUCCUGUACCAGAUAGAGGAACAGUUUGAUUUCAUUAAUUUUGAGUUAGCUCCCUUUUCAAUGAGUUCUUCCCGUAUUGAAACAGCUGGAGUUGAUAAUAUAUCUAUUUCACCAGGAAUUUGUCCUCCAAUUGUUUGUGAUGCUGAUGAACAUCGAUGUGCUUCUAACCUCCAAUGUAUCCCAGAAUCCUCUGUUUGUGAUGGUAUUGAAAAUUGUAAUGAUGGAAGUGAUGAGAAAUCAUGCGAUUCCUCCAUCUCUUGUGAUUUUGAGUCUGCUCGAGCUUGUGAAUACAACAUAACAGGCAAUUAUAUCAUCAGAGUCAAUGACUCAAGUGGCAAUCAUCACAUAUAUAUCUCCAUGGCUGGCUUCCACUUACUACGCUCGCCAAUGGAAUAUAUUCCUACCGUGUCUUGUUUGUCAUUCUUGACCCAGUCCUAUCCUUUUACCAAUGGUCACUUGAGAGUGGCACUCCAAGAUACAGAUGGUCUUGUCACACCAUUGUAUACAAUUGAUAGCAUGGUUGGAAGUGCAUUCUGGGUAAAGUACAAGACCACUGUUCCAAGUGGAAAUUUCAGUGUGAUUUUUGAGACAUUUUUCCCGUCCAAUAAUUAUGGAGGUUUACGAAUUGAUGAUAUUGUAUUACAGCCAGGGGAAUGCAUGGAAGGUUGUGGAGAUGGAUAUUUUAACUGUUCCAUGGAUGACCUUUGUAUACCUCAGGAUAAUGUAUGUGAUAGACAGUGGGCAUGCUCUGAUGGACAGGACGAACAAAACUGUGAAUAUAGUAUAAGUUGUACUUUUGAAGAAGAACUUAUGUGUGAAUAUGAUAUUGGUUCAUGGACAAAGAGAUCCGGUUUUAUUGAUUCAGAAUUUAACCUGGAGGAUCACACCUUUCACAAUUCCUCUCAUACAGGAUCUUUUAUGUACACUGGUGAUUUGGAUGGAUUAUACGAAGACAAAGAAAUGAAUUCUCCUUACCUCCAAACUAAUAAUCCAAUGUGUGUAGAAUUUUUCUAUAUUGUUAUCAGACCUCAUGAAUAUUCAUCAGCACUUUUGACAGUUCAUCAGAACACUUCUAACAUGAACAAUGAAGUGUUUUCAUUGGUCGAAUAUCGGACAGAUGUUAACCUUCAGUGGCAGAGAGGUGAAUUCCCUGUAGAUGCUGGUGUGUUUAGUUUGAGGUUUACCGCUGGUGGUCAUAGGUCAGUGGUAGCUAUUGACGAUAUUCUGUUAUAUAAUGGAAGCUGUUCAGAUGUAGAUGUCACAACUCCUUAUGCAUGGCAAUGGCAGACCACAGAGGAAACUACUGCUGAAUAUCAACAUGGACAAACUACUAAUUUACAACCAGAAAAUGGACCAACUACUGAUUUACAACCAGGAAAUGGACCAACUACUAAUUUACAACCAGAAAAUGGACAAACUACUAAUUUACAACCAGAAAAUGGACAAACUACUAAUUUACAACCAGGAAAUGGACAAACUACUAAUUUACAACCAGAAAAUGGACCAACUACUGAUUUACAACCAGGAAAUGGACCAACUACUAAUUUACAACCAGAAAAUGGACAAACUACUAAUUUACAACCAGAAAAUGGACAAACUACUAAUUUACAACCAGGAAAUGGACCAACUACUAAUUUACAACCAGAAAACAGACCAACUACUGUUUUUGAACCAGGAAAUGGACCAACUGCUGAAUCUGAGCCAGAAAAUGGACCAACUUCUGAAUCUGAGCCUGAAAAUGGACCAACUGGUGAGUCUGAGCCAGAAAAUUGGCCAACUGCUGAGUCUGAGCCAGAAAAUUGGCCAACUGCUGAAUCUGAGCCAGAAAAUUGGCCAACUGCUGAAUCUGAGCCAGAAAAUUGGCCAACUGCUGAAUCUGAGCCAGAAAAUGGACCAACUGCUGAAUCUGAGCCAGAAAAUGGACCAACUGCUGAAUCUGAGCCAGAAAAUGGACCAACUACUGAAUCUGAGACAGAGCAUGGACCAACAGAUUCAGAACUCACGACAUAUGCUGAACCAGAAAAUAGACCCACUAAUUCAGAAUUCACGACCAAUAUGGAACCAGAAAAUGGACAAACAACAGAAAUUGGAACAACAUCAAUGCCAAGAUCACCAUUCAAUGAUGGAUGUAUUAGCCAUAACACAUACAUAUGUUCUGAUUAUUUUGGAAUGAAUUUUACAUCAUUCCCAAAUGUUUUCGGUCAGAUGAAUCUAUAUGAAGCAAUGGACCAAUGGUACUCUUGGGCAAGAACCCCAUACGAUACUUGUAGUACAGUGUACUCACACACAUUGUGUGCUUUGUCACUUCCAACCUGUCAGAAUGGUACCACUCAACAGAUCUGUAGACAAAGUUGCCUGGAUGCCUUCCAUACAUUACAUUUUGGAGUAUGUCGUCACCACAAUUUAUUGAACAACUACAAUCUGGUUUACUACUGUAAUCUGUUGCGUGAUGAUAAGGAUUGUAUAAAGCUACCAGACUAUUUGAGAAAUAGCAGUACAGGAACUAGUCAAUCAACAAAUUAUUCCACUAAUACAACCCCUAGAACUACUCCAUAUGGAACAACCAAGAUAUCCCAUAUGGAUGUACUACCAACAACUAAUAUCACUUCCGCCAUUGAAGGGAUCGUGGAAAUUGUUAUCAACAACCAAUUUGGUUAUGUGUAUUGUUAUGAUACAGCAUACUGUCCGUCUCUAGUAUGUCAGUAUCUAGGAUAUGCGACUGGAUCAGCAGCAGGAAGCUUUAGUGAAUACGAUCUUCCUAAACAGCAGGUACAUUGUGUAUCUUCCAGUAAACAUCUGUCUGAUUGUUCCAUUUACUCAACUACUACUUACUCUGUAACUUUAGUAAGAUGUGUUGAUGCUGUUCAGAGUAGUGCAAUAGAUUGCAAGUUUGGUAUUUACAAUCAGAGAACCUGUUCCUACACAGUCAACAAUUACGGCAAUGGAUGGUCGCAACAUAGUUAUGGUUUUGCCUUAUAUUCUAAUAUAUAUGGAGGUGUAUCAUCAGAAUUAAUAUCCAACAUGUUCACAACGCCAUCUAGUGGAAGUGUAUUCCUAAAUUUGACAAUUUUUCAUCCGGCUGUACAGUUACAUGUCCAACUUAAGACAGCGGAUAUGACCUACGACCUUGGAUAUGCCGAACCUGGAGAUACAAGUGCUUGUUAUGAUUUACCAUCAUUAGUAAAUGGUAACUUGGUUAUAACAGGAAAACUUACUUCUCCUCUUCCUUCUGGAAGUUAUACAUAUAUAAAGGCUUAUGUUUAUGAGAUCAAAGUUCAAGAGCAAGAGAUAUGUCCAAAGCCUUUCCCGUAUAGUAUAUGUGAAUUUGAUAAGAAUUGUCCAUGGGACAUAGAAUGCUCUACCAGAAUAGCUGAUCCAAUUCCAUUCCAAUGGGUUUGGGCAGGUUUUAAUACUUCUUUGUCAGAUGCUGGUAAAUAUCUAACAGCAGAUGCAUCAUUUGGAAGACAUGAGGACAAGGCCAAAUUUACAUUGCCACUCAAUGCCACAACCAGUCACAAUCUGAAAUUAAAAUAUAGGAAUACUGGCAGCAGAAAUGAUAGCUGUAGUGGAUCUUUACAGGUAAAUUUGAACCACAAUGGAGAAACAAAACAAAUAUUCCUGAAAGACUCUCUGGACACCUAUGGAUCAUGGGAAUCAGCUUGUGUGCCAAUGUCAGAGUUCACCACAGGGGAGAUAAUCAAUGGUCAACUUGAAUUUGUUGCCACUAGAGGGAGCUCAUAUGCUAAUGAUAUAGAAGUAGAUGAUGUUGAACUGUUAGGAACUGAAUGUCCACAUUUUGCGUCAUGUGAUUUCCAGUCGGCCACAUUCUGUCGUUACACCAGAUUGUCAGAGUCACCCUUUGCAUGGAAUUGGGGAACAUACAAUCUGAUGCAAAACUAUUCUUCCAUGGCGGCACAGUAUGUACCAAGAGUAGAUCAUACAGAAGGUACCAGUUCAGGAGGUUACAUGUAUACUUCAACAUGUUUGCCCAACACAUUUGAAGGAAACCUUGCCCAUCUUACCACCGUUCCAUUUGAGGUGCAGCCAUCCAAACCAAUGAAGGCAUCGUUCUACUACCACAUGAAUGGACUCAACAUGGGAACAUUCCAAGUUUCUGUAAACCAACACGGUACUGUAGUCCAAACGUCUUUGGUAUUUUCAAUGGCUGGAAGUCAGAGUGACGAAUGGUAUUAUUCCUGUGUAAAUCUACCAACCGGUAAUGCAUCUGUAACAUUUUCCGCUGUUUUGGGUGACGGAUGCGAUUCUGUGUUCGCUCUUGAUGAUGUCGUGAUUUCAGAUGGAAUGUGUCAAGAACGACUGGAUGAAGUUACAUGUAACUUUGAGGGGACCAACACUUGUCAGUACUCCUCCAAUUGUACCAUAGGGUCUAAAUAUCAAUGGUCCAGACAGCAAAGUAAGACCCCAUCAGAUAACACGGGGCCAUAUGGUGAUGCUUAUGGAAAUCUUGCAGGACAUUUUAUGUAUGUUGAGAGUUCCCAUGGUAAUCCAGGCGAUACAACCUACUUAUCCUUCCCAUCAUUCACCAGUAAUAAUCCCAGCAGUUUAUAUUUCUCCUACCACAUGUUAGGAGAUGAUAUCGGCACACUAGACAUUAUGUCACAUGACACAGGUACAUCUACUGUUACCCAGCUCUGGACUAAGACAGGGCAGCAGGAUAUGGCAUGGAUUAAAGGGUGUGUCUCCUUACCAUCUGGCACAGAACAGAAUAUAUAUUUUGUGGCAACCAAAGCUUCAGGAUUUAAAGGAGAUAUAGCAGUAGAUAAUAUUUAUGUUAUGGAUGGCAGUUGCCCAGGGACCACUGUACCAUGUGAUUUUGAGGAUGAGACUUUCCUAUGUGGUUACAGAAAUAACACUAAUCUGUUAAGUGAUAGUGGUUGGACGUCAGCAUCACAUGAUUCAGACAAUAUGGCUGCUGUAGCUAGUUCAGAUACUGGACGGUUUUUAUAUUGUAAUUCUAGUAACUUCCAAGACGGCUGCAGUGUGUUAUCACCAAUGUUAUCAGUAACAGAGAAAUCCUGUAUAACUUUUGAUUACUAUACUAAGUUUCUGGCAGGAUAUAAUGUGUCAUUAUCUAUAUAUAUGAUGUCAUACCGUUUCGGAAAUGUUGUUUGGACCCCUGCAUGGAGUAUGAGAAGAGACUCAGGCAGUUGGAAUCGAGGACAGUUUGAAUAUACAGGAAAUUUAACAGAUGCUUCUCUAAUUAUUGACAUGCAACUUGGACAGGCCGGAAUUGAUAACAUUGCUAUUGUACCAGGAGAUUGUCAAGAGAUAACAUGUCCAGGACAGUUUAGUUGUGGUUAUUAUUGUAUAGAUUUGAGUAAAGUUUGUGAUCUCAAUUUUGACUGUGACGAUCAUUCCGAUGAGACAACAUUGUGUGAUAGAAGUAUAAGUUGUGACUUUGAAGAUAAGUUCCGGUGUGGAUAUUACAGUAGUUAUGACGUGAUAGAGUCCAAACAAGUUAUCUAUCAAGAGAUGAUCUAUGAUCAUACUUAUGGCAAUAAAUCAGGCACAUUUUAUGGAAUGGUCAGUUAUGCUGGCAGCAGUUUCAGUUUCAGCUCUCCAGUAGAAGAAGUUACAGUCCCCUCGUGUCUCUCACUAUAUUAUAUAGGUCAUGUAAAUUUAUUUGAAUUUGAGGUCAGUUACCUUGACCUUGAGAUUAUAUCCAGAAAUGGAACAUUUAACAGCACAAUGUUUAACAAUACAAUGUCUGUUUAUUCGACCAUGACAACUUUGUCCAAUGUUUGGAAACCAACACAGAUGCCCAUUGCUCCUGGAAGGAUGGAAAUCAACUUUCGUUUAUAUGAUUACGCCUAUGAUGUUAAAUACUUUGGAAUAGAUGAUGUAAAAAUAACCCCUGGAGAUUGUCCUCCGUUGGUUUGUCCAAGUGGUCUGUCACCCUGUCAUAAAGAUGGUAUAUGUAUUGAGGAGAAGAUAGAAUGUGAUAAGAUCUCCCAGUGUCCCUCUGGUGAAGAUGAGGCAGACUGCCCCAUUAGCAUAAGUUGUGACUUUGAGCAGCCUUACGGAUGUGGAUAUUAUUUUGGUAGCUAUAUUUGGAGAGAUGCUUUUGUUCACCAUUUGCCAGCAGCUGAUCACACCAUGGGUGCUGGUAACCACACAGGUCACUACAUGUUUGUCACAUCUGACAGUAGACAGACAGCAACCUUGACCUCUCCCCCUUAUCUGACAACACCUGGAGGAUGUGUAAAAUUCUAUUACAACAUGGAAGGGGGCGUGUCAGCAGAACUGAAAGUUUAUUCAAGAAGAUCUGGAGUAAGGCAGUUGGUAUUCUAUGCCAAUGGAAUCUAUGUGGAGACUGAUGAUUGGUUGGAAGGAUCUUUUGAACUUCCUGCAGGGGAGACAACUAUUGAGUUUGUUGCCUAUGGAGACACUUCCUUUUUAGCACCCGCCAUUGUUGCUAUUGAUGAUGUAACCUUGAUGGAAGGACAGAGUUGUCCAAUUAGUAGCUGUGGAAAUGGUAUGAAUACAUUUUCCUGUCAGAGUUCAGGAGUAUGUAUCCCAGAAUUCCUUGUUAGAGAUGGAUACCCGGAUUGUUUGGAUGAAUCUGAUGAAGUUUUGAGAAUUGACCCAGAAAACAAUUUGAACACCACAAAUUCCACAGGAAACACAACAAAUGUGUUGAGUGCCUGUACAUUUGAAAUAGCAACAGAACCAUUUUGUCUCUUCUACAAUCACCAGGGACAAGACAAGUGGAUAAGACAUUCAGGUUCAACAGGCUCAACAGCCACGGGACCAGAUAGUGCUGUCAUGGGUACUUAUUACAUGUAUAUAGAAACCAGUAACAUGGUACUAGGGGACAAUGCCAGCUUGAUAUCAGCUUAUUUAAAUCCAGAUACACAGAUGUGUUUAUCAUUUUAUUAUCACAUGUAUGGCGCUAGUAUCGGAAGAUUGAAUGUGAUACGUUCAACACGUUUUACAAAUCAGACAAUGUUUACAAGGUCCGGCUCACAGGGAAAUCUAUGGUAUUUCCAGAAGCUGUAUAUUCAACCUGGAACUAACAUAAAGAUUAUUUUUAAUGGUGUUGAUGGAGAUAGUUACCAAGGAGAUAUAGCAUUGGACCAUAUAAUGUUGUUUUCUGGUGAAUGUGAUAAUUCCACAGUUAUAGAUGUAAAUGAUGAAAAUGAUGAUUUUGAUCCAUCAGUACAUUUGGUCGGUGGACAAACCAGGGCUUCAGGUCGCUUGGAAAUAAAACCAACCUCUUCUGGUGUAUAUUCCCCUGUCUGUGCAAAUUAUUGGGAUUCAGAUGACAGCAGUGUGGCUUGUCGACAGCUAGGUUAUAAUAAUUCAAGAACGCAUAGCAAAUCAGAAUAUGGUAAAGGAAGAAACGAAAGAUCAGGGUUUGGUUUCUCAUUUUUCUGUGACGGCACAGAGGCCAAUCUCACUGAAUGUGCUCAUAGUGAUGUUUCCUGCACAUUGUAUUCUGAUAUAGUGGCUAUUGACUGCUCUAAUACAGAAUGUUUUGAGAAUGAGUACAGUUGUGGUGACUCAGAAUCUACAUGUAUAUCUAUGGAUCUCUUGUGUAAUGGAAAUGUGGAUUGUCCAAAUUCAGCUGAUGAACAAAACUGUGCCACAUGUGGUAGUAAUGAGUUUGAAUGCAGUAACCAUGAAUGUGUACCACUAAUGGAACGUUGUGAUGGAGUGCCACAGUGCUCAGAUAAAUCAGAUGAAUUUAGAUGUGUAAAGCGACAAGACAAUGGCCAAGUCUCAGUAUAUACAGAUGGUGCUUGGACGACAUUGUGUUAUUUAAAUGAUCAGACACUAGCAGAAUAUCUCUGUAGCAUCACUGGAUAUGGACCAUACAGUAGUUACUCUGCUGGAGCCUCAAUAACUGAUGGGUUUCUGGCACAGUCUGCUGCCAAUCCUAAUGGUAUCAUCACUAACUAUGUGUUAAACGCUCAAAUGUCUUGUAGUGCCUUAUCUCUUCAGUGUGGAGACAUAGAAUGUGGAGUUCCCUCCGUUUCCUCAACCUCCAUUGGCUCGUACGUACUCUUUGGAAAUGAUGCCACACCAGGAGAGUGGCCAUGGCAAGCUCUGUUUUAUAUGGAUGGAAGUUCUGGAUGUGGAGCCACAUUAAUCGACCCGUACUAUGCCAUUACUGCAGCUCAUUGUGUGGAGAGUUGGAGCAAUUAUAUGAUUCACGUAGGUGAAGUAAAAGAAUCAGAAAUGCUUGGAGCAAGUGAUGACGGACAAAGAUUGUAUGUAGCCCAGGUAUGGUCUCACCCAGACUACCGGGGAUCCAGUAAUAGUUACCUGUCAGACAUCGCCAUUGUAAGACUGUCACAGCCAGCAAAUUAUAACGCCUAUGUAAGACCUGCAUGUCUCGCCACAGAAGUCAAAGAAAGUUUUGAUAACUGUUAUGUCACUGGCUGGGGAUAUAGAGAAGACAUUGAAUUUGCUCCAGUGCCAGACCAUCUACAAGAAGUUAGAGUAGACAUCAAUGUAGAUGUAGACAGAUGUAAUAAGAGUAUUCAGGCUAACUUAAAUAUUAAUGUACCUGUGACUGGUAUCUGUGUAGAGAACAAGAAUCCAUACUCCCCAUCCUGUCAUGGUGAUUCUGGUGGUCCAUUAGUAUGUCAAAAUGAAUAUGGACGCUGGGAGUUAGUCGGUGUAACCAGCUUUGGGAAGCCUUAUUGUCGUGGAGACCAAAUCCCAGCUAUCUAUCAGAGCGUACCCUAUCACAUAGACUGGAUUAUGGAAAAGACAGGUAUACAGAUAAAUAUGGCAAAUAGACCAACACCUCCACCUAUGCCUGAUCAACCAUAGGUGCCUGGACUGAUGGACAAUAUUUUGUACUUCCUUAAACCAAAGAUAUGAUUUGCUGUUUCUUGCAAUCAAAUAUUAUACAUGAAUGUACCAUUCUAAUUUUGGUAUUUAAAAGGCGUGAAUAGAAUGAACACUGACUUAUAUUAUUGCUUUUUCAUGAAAUUCUGACAGUGCCAUUGUUUCUUUUUAGUUAAAUAUGUAUAAAUGUACUACUAUACUUUUUUUUUAUCAUUUUUAUGAAAUUGAAUACUGUGUAUUUAUUAUUAUUUUUGGGGUACCAAUUUUUGUGGAUAUAGAUUAAUCAUGAAUAAAAAUGUUCAACAAGUGCUAAUUUUCUAUAGAAUUGUAUGCCAAAAUUACCAAAACAACAAAAUCAAACAUCUACAUAAAUACAAUAUUUCCCUAAUGAAAACUGGUACCCACGAAUAUGAAGAAAUCAGCAGCUUCAUAUUAAAUGCCAUAUACUCAUUAGGUUAUUAAGAGGAUCAGCAUUCAUUUUUGUAUCUAUAUAUUUUUAUUUCAAAAGAAAUUAUUAAAAAUUUUGUUUCAGAAUUCAACCCAUAAACUAUAUAAAAGUCAUCAAUUUUGGUUUCUUAUUACUGGUUUAAAAUCAUACUGUAUCCAGUUCUGUUCAUUGACGAUUAUGCUGUUGGGUUGCUGUCUCAACUGUUUACUUGUUACUCCAUGGAUUUUGUUUAUUAAUUUACCUAUAGCUACUUUUCAAAAGAUUGUUGCAAAAAAACCUUUAAAAAAUGAUGACUCGUUAAAUGAAUAAUCAAAACAUUUAGAAUAAUAACUCCCAGCCCAAAAGAUCAAGGAAAUACAGGCUAGAUAUUCCCAAAAUAUGCUUGUUUAUGUUUAAAACACAUUUCGUGCAAUCUGCUAAAGAUUUUUUUGAAGGUAAAGGUUUAAGAUGUAAUUUUUUUUAUUUUACCAUUUCAAAUGACUUAUUAAAGGAAUGAAUUUUGACAACACUAUCAGGCACAAAUUGUAUGAUAAUUUAUUUAAACCAGUUCCAACACAUAGAAUAAGAGAAAUAUAGUUAUUCUUCAGAUGUAAUCGAGACUUGUUAAAUACAUGUAGUAUAGUAAUUUAUUAAAAAAGGUUUUAACAUUACAGUAUACCAAACUUAGCCUCUUGUUAACUAUGCAUUGAAAUCAAACAUAAAUCAAUCAAUCAAUUAAUCAAGUUUUGUUUAUCUGACUUUCUUAAGCUGAUACCUAACACUACAGGGAGAUAACUCUGUAAAGUCAGCUAAACGUUUUAAUUACCUUGUGUUUUAAAAAGAUAUUAAGCAUCCCAAUGAUCAAAAUUGGUGUUUGUCAAACUGCUAUAUAACCAGUGUAAUUUUUCUGACAAAACGGUUAGUUCAAAAUUUUUGAAAUUUUUAUACUUUUGUUAAAGGGUUAAAGUAAACACUUUGACAAAAUUUUACAAAAAUUAAACGAGCCAAAUUAAUUUCAGUGACAGUGUUGGGUACCACCUUAAGCUCAGAUAUAUUUUUGAUACACAUUAAUUAUACAUUUGAAAGAACAUUUAUUGGCUGCAUAUGCCAGUGGCUAUGUCAGGAAAACAUCAAUCAAUCAAACUAAAUGUACCUCUUUAUGUAUUUUAACCUUGUACAUUAUAUGAUUCAACAUGGAUUCUUUGUUAUAUCAUUUAUUGUUAUGUAUACUGGGCUGGUCCCAGUUUGUUCUCAUUUUUUAUAGUGUGUGAAAAUUUUAUAUUACAGUUAUACUCCAAAUAUAUAUUUUAAUAAAAAACCAAUCAUAUUCUUA